AAUAUAUGAUAAUUAUGUGGUUGAAUGACAUCUGUGCUUUAAUUUCCACCAAAUCCAGAGACAUCCCAUCACAGAUCCACAUGUUGGGUUUGACUGUAGUGUGCUCGUUCACAAAUACAAGAAACCAAGUAGCCUCCCUAAAGUUCUCACCUCUCCCAUCUGUCCAUCAGGCCUUAAGAAAUCAGACGGUGAGUAGCAAAGCCAACAUAGUGAUUUUGCCAAACCUGAAGGCCUGGACUUGGUACUGUGUGAGCAUCCAGUCACGCUAUGACUUCUACAACAAGAAGAGCAGCUUCACCUCACCCCACUGCAUGCAGACCGAAGUCGGAGCAGAGCUGAAACCACCAGAGAACUUGACCAUGAUCACCAUGAACACCAAUUACACACUGAGCUGGGAUUGGGACCAGAGUUCAUCAGCUGUCAACUUCACCACACAAUAUGUGGCGAAGUUCAAGCUAAAAAAGUCAAUUAAAAAAAUUCCGGUGUGGAGCACUGCGUGUCGGGGGACGUCGAGUAGGUCAUGUGACCUUACACAGUUCAAUCUGUACUACCUGGGCAGCUACGUACUUCGCGAAGCCAACGUCAAUGGGCAUUUCUCUGACUGGGUGCAGAAGGAAUUCUGCCCUGAUAAAGAUGCUGCUUUGGGUCCUCCAACCAAAGUGGCUCUUUCUCCUGCUGGAAGUGACCAAAUUGUCAUCUCUGAUCCUCUGACCAGCACCAACAACUCCAUGAAGGAAAAUCAUCCCGAUCUUUAUUACCGCACCCGUUACUGGGAACGCCUCCCAGACACACAGUCCUCAAGACACUUGAUUAAACUUCUGAGACUCAAAGCCAACAUAGUGAUUUUGCCAAACCUGAAGGCCUGGACUUGGUACUGUGUGAGCAUCCAGUCACGCUAUGACUUCUACAACAAGAAGAGCAGCUUCACCUCACCCCACUGCAUGCAGACCGAAGUCGGAGCAGAGCUGAAACCACCAGAGAACUUGACCAUGAUCACCAUGAACACCAAUUACACACUGAGCUGGGAUUGGGACCAGAGUUCAUCAGCUGUCAACUUCACCACACAAUAUGUGGCGAAGUUCAAGCUAAAAAAGUCAAUUAAAAAAAUUCCGGUGUGGAGCACUGCGUGUCGGGGGACGUCGAGUAGGUCAUGUGACCUUACACAGUUCAAUCUGUACUACCUGGGCAGCUACGUACUUCGCGUAGAAGCCAACGUCAAUGGGCAUUUCUCUGACUGGGUGCAGAAGGAAUUCUGCCCUGAUAAAGAUGCUGCUUUGGGUCCUCCAACCAAAGUGGCUCUUUCUCCUGCUGGAAGUGACCUGGAAAUUGUCAUCUCUGAUCCUCUGACCAGCACCAACAACUCCAUGAAGGAAAAUCAUCCCGAUCUUUAUUACCGCACCCGUUACUGGGAACGCUCCCCAGACACACAGGCCUUAAGAAAUCAGACGGUGAGUAGCAAAGCCAACAUAGUGAUUUUGCCAAACCUGAAGGCCUGGACUUGGUACUGUGUGAGCAUCCAGUCACGCUAUGACUUCUACAACAAGAAGAGCAGCUUCACCUCACCCCACUGCAUGCAGACCGAAGGUGCCACUCCGUGGUGGCAAAUUUUCGGGUACUUCCUUUUGUCUUUGGUGAUCUGCUUCCUGGUCAUGCUACUCUCAAUCUACUUCUUCUUUUGGUGCUAUAAAACUCUGAAGGCAACAUGGUUCCCGGCGGUCCAGCUGCCCUUCCAGUAUUUUUGUGACUCCACUGGGUCUCACUUUCCUCGCCUCCUCACCCAGGAUUCAGACUCAGAGAUGUUGUGUGAUGAGGUCACUGUGUGUCCAAAGUCCCCAGUCCUGAAAAUCCACAUUCCUCCCCCUGAGGCCCUGCCGGUGCCCCCAUCAGGCCUGGAGCCUGACAGCAGUUGCAGACGCAGUCGUCAGGACAGCAGUGGCAGUGCAGACUCUGGAGUGUACUCCACGGGGGGCAGCCAUUCCUCCACGGAGGGCAGCCAUUCCUCCACGGGGGCCAAAGUCUCUGGGCAGGGCCCCUUUGACUUGGAGCAGGUGAAGAUGCAGGACGUGGCUCCAGGGCUCAAGACUCAACUUGUGAAUGCAGACGAGGGCAUUGUAGACAUGUGUGUCUGAAGGCACAACACAUGUGUUGAGAAGAGCAUGAAGAAAGGGUGAUAUUAAGGAAGACAGAGGUCUGUGGUCAAAUGUGCAGUGUGCCUUUUCUUCAGCUGUUGCCUUGCAAGUAGGACAUCCUUAUGUUGAGCCCUGGAGACUUAAUCGGCACUCCAAUUAUGAACGUGUCCGCUCCGUGCAGCCCAGUAGAGGCCAGACAAUGUUCAGUCACAGUAAGCACUCUACAGAUACUUGUAACAAUUCCACUGGAACCGGUUACACAGAUUUUUUUUCACGAGUCUAUUAACUGGAGGGAAACAUUCUCACAAUGACAAUGCUGCUUUUUCAUAUUUAGCCUCCACUUACAAAAUAUUAGAAACAUUUGUAGAAUACUGAGUUAUGAUGAAUCGCCAGUUGAGGGUUUGACCUACUGACAUGAUUAUAUUGUUCUGUUGUUAAACAUGUUGAGAAAUGUCUGUAUUGACAGUUUCUUUUAAAUAUGCUAAUUUGACCGAAACAACGAUAGCUGUUGUCAAAAUACAGCUAGUCCUACUUUUUUCCCAUCCCGUUAAAUACUUAUAUUUAUAAUAAGUGUUUUGUUUUAUUGUGCAAACGGAAGAAAUAGGAACUUAUUUCUAUUCUUUGCUUUUUCUAUUUGUCAUCUAAUCAGCUCAGAAAUGCAAUCAGAUUUUUAAACCCGCAUACAACUGUAUUGAUAUAAUAUAAUCCAUUUUAUUUUUUUCUGUGCAUAUGUUGUGGGUUUUUCUAAUAGAAGCCUGUAUUUAAAUACUUUAUUAUUGUACCAUUUCUGAUUCUGAUUGAAUCCUGGUACCCUAAAUAAUCUAUAUAUUGUUGUUUUUUGUUCCAAUGAUAUUUAAAUACUGUCAAAUAUAUUUUGACACUAUUCUGUAUGCUGA